AUGGAAGCUACAAAGACUCUUUCUCGUGGCGAUGCCACAACACUGAACACUGGUGAAAUUGAUGUGGAAGCUGAGAAGCAGGGCAUUCAUUUGCGCGAUGCAUCUUUGGCGUUGAACCCGCAAGUCGUGAAGCGACUGAAGCGCAAGUCGGACCUGAUACUGCUGCCGCUCUUGACAGUCGCGUAUUUGCUCAACUCUCUUGAUCGCAGCAAUGUGUCCAACGCGCACACGGCAGGCCUCGAGGACGACCUCGGCCUAGUGGGAAACCAGUUCAACCAGGUUCUCACGUAUUAUCAAAUCCCUUUUAUUGUGUUCGGCCCCGGGAUUACGCUCCUCACCAAGUGGCUCGGAGCUCGAUGGACGAUUCCUGGCAUGCUUCUCGCUUUCGGGUCUGCAUCGCUGGCGAGUGGUUUUGCCCGGGAUUUCAAGGACAUUGUCAUCUGCCGUGUCUUUGUUGGAGCCUUCGAGUCAGGGUUUCUAUCGUCGUAUGCCACGCCCCUCUACAGUCCCUACACCCUACUUGUACUGAGUGAAGACAGCGUCAUCUACUAUCUGUCUAUCUGGUAUACAAGAGCCGAGCUAGCCACACGCAUCGGCAUCUUCUACGCCGCCUUGGUUGCGUCCUCUGCCUUUGGAGGUCUCUUUGCCUACGGUAUGUUCCAUAUCCAUGGCGGCUCACGACCAAACUGGUCGUAUCUCUUUUUCCUGGAAGGCGGGCUUACUAUCCUGUGGGCGCUUGUUCUACUUGCGCUGCUCCCCUCGUCUACAUCCUCCGCAUGGUUUCUAAACGAUGAAGAGAAGGCUACUGCCUGUGCACGUCUCGAACAAGACUCCGUGACUUCAUUGGAAGGUGGGUUUAGUUGGCGAGAAGCAUUCGGGGAAUUUCGUACGGUGCACGGCUAUAUACGUAUCGUGAUGUCGUUUACCGCCGGGGUUACCUUGACAUCCAACGCCAAUUUUCUCGCCAUGAUUGUCAAGCGGCUGGGCUAUAGCGUCAUAAAGACCAACCUGUACACCGUUGCUCCCGCUCUUACCGGCGCCGUCUUCUUGGUAUGCUGGUGCAAGUCGUCGGACUACUUCCGUGAGCGAGGCUUGCACGCGACCGCAUCCACGAUUAUCAGCCUUGUCGGCUACCUCAUUCUCAUCACGAUCAACACGUCCAACACAUCUGUGUUGUACUUUGCCAUGUUUCUAUGCACCGCUGGCGCAUACCCGACGCAAAUCAUUGGCGCAGCCUGGACCGUCAUCAAUAUCCCGAACCUCAACGCACGGGCUAUGAUGAGCGGGCUCGCCACGUCGGCAGGUAACAGCGGAGGCCUUUUGUCUAGCAACAUCUACCGCAGUGAAGAAGCGCCACGCUACAUCACGAGUUUGAGGACCAACUUGUCCAUGUGCUCAUUUGUCAUUGCGGCCACAUUGGCAUAUUCCACAUGGAUGCGGUGGGAAAACAGGCGGCGCGAUAAGAGGCAGGGUGCGCUCUCGACCGAAUACACGACUGAGGGGGUCACCAGCACGCAGGAUCCACGGUUCCGAUUCCAGGCCUAG